UUUGUUAGCAGCGCGUUGCCUAGCAUUUGUUUCCAGGAAGCCUGGCACACUUCGCGGAAAGUCUUUCGUGCGUUCAAAAGAUUUUGCGAUUUGUCUCCCUGUUUGUUUUUGGUUUUCCGACGGUUUGCGAGUUUUUAGGGGUUUGAGAAUGACUUUUGUUUAGUGCGUUCUGCGUAAUAUUUUUUUGUGCGUUUUUGUUAUUUUUUUUGAUUUUUUUCUACGGUACUUGUGGGGGUUUCCCCGUAUUCAGCAUCACGAUUUUCGGGGACAGUCAUAAGAUAUCUGGCGGGGGUGGCAGAGGGAUGUUCUGCUACCAUUGUCCGCCAGCUUUGCAUCCAGGGGCCCCGCAACCACGGUUGCCAACGUUAGAGUACCCAUUCACCGCUUCCCAUCCUUACACCAGUUACUCCUAUCAUCCUGCGAUACACGACGACACGUUCGUUAGAAGAAAACAAAGGAGAAACAGGACCACUUUCACGCUACAACAGCUCGAAGAAUUGGAAAAUGCGUUCGCGCAGACGCAUUAUCCGGAUGUGUUUACAAGGGAAGAUUUGGCGAUGAAAAUUAAUCUUACUGAAGCCAGGGUGCAGGUGUGGUUCCAGAACAGGAGGGCUAAAUGGAGGAAGGCUGAGCGGCUCAAGGAGGAGCAAAGAAAACGAGAUGGCCAUGAUGUAGUUAAAAGAGAUGGGGACCCAAAAGAAGAAAAGAUGGAAGAUGGCACGGUAACCAGCUCGCCGGACGUCGUUCACGAUGACGAGAUUCGCGAGCGGGAAUGUUCGUCCCGAAGCAGCGCCGGAAGAGAGUCACCGGAACCGACAAGAAGCGCCCCGGAAGCGGACCCUUCCAGUCCGUCGUCGCCCCACAGCCCGGCGCCCUCGGCGUCCUACGAGCCCCCCAGGCAAGCGACUCCGCCCGCUUUUAAGCACAUGUUCCCCUUUGGAGAUAGCUCCACCGGGUUCAGGCCGGUCAUAGAUGGAAAUCCCGGGGCAAGAAACACCCCGCCGCUGUUCUUCCCGCCCCAUCUGGCGUCGCAUAUAUCUUCGCAAUUCUCGCCGCCACUGUUUCCAGCUUUGAAAGACUUCUCAAUUUUUGCAGGAUUCCCCGGCUUGUGCUCCUGCUGCCCGAUCAAACCACUUACCGGCAUGGGCUCGUCGCUGCUGACAUCUAGCGAGCACGCGGCGCACCACCAGCAGGACGGCGAUCAUCGUUCGUCCAGCGUGGCCGAGCUUCGCAGGAAAGCGCAGGAGCAUUCGGCGGCGCUGCUGCAGUCGCUGCAGCACGUGGCCAAUUUUCAGCAGGCCGCAGGACUGGCGGGCGGUUUGAAUUUCCCGCUGCUGCCGCCUUUGGCUUUGCAGGCGUUCCAGAGGAAGCAGGAAAGUACAGAGAGCGAGAACAAGGAGAGUGCCGCGUAGAAGGGAUGUUUAUUUGCAGGAUUUUUUUUGUUAAGUUGAUGAUGAAGUUUUAUAAGCUUUGCAAGUUUUUUACUGUUUAUAAGCUAUUUUCCGCAGGAUUUUUAGUUUUAUAGACGCCAAAAAAUUAUAAUAUAUUUAGUGCAAUUACUGUAAAUAAUAAUAAAAAUAAACACCAAAGCUGCUGUAUAUAAUAUUGUAUAAGUUUUAAUUGUAUAUAACACAAUUUUAUUCACGUCUGUACUUAUUCUGUAUUUCUUUUUUCAUAUGCAUAAAUAUAUCCUAGUCUUUAUAAUUUAACUCCUCGUAGUAAGUGUAUGAUGAACAAAACCAAGAAAAAAUUAUUAUAUAAAAUAAACCAAACAAAUAAAAAAAUACAUGAUAGAAAUAAUUUUAAAAAUAGGUAAAUAGUAUGUAUAUAAAUUAGUAAAAAAAAACGUAGACAUUGUGAUGUUAUAUUCGUACUAUGUAAAAUAAUGUAAAAAUAGUGUGUUCAAUAAAAAAUUAAAAAAUA